AUGAGCUACCAACCGGAAGGCCCUUCGGCAGGAGUUGACAUAGAUGAUAUUGAUACCAGCGCACUUGGCCCGCCACGCCCACGAAGACAUGAUGACGAAGACGAAGGCUCUGAUACCUUCGAAGAUGACGACAUGGAAAGCACCGUCGGCGGGCCCACCAACGAGAAUCAGAAGUCCCAAGGGAACGGGGAUGAAGAAAUAGAGCUGCCAGCUCAUGCAUGCGCAUACUGCGGCAUUCAUAAUCCGAGCAGCGUCGUCAAAUGCCUUUCGUGCAACAAGUGGUUCUGCAGUGCACGUGGCAAUACCUCCUCUUCCCAUAUCGUCAAUCACCUUGUCCGAGCUCGUCACAAAGAAGUCCAGUUGCACCCGGCUUCUUCCUUGGGCGAUACUAUCUUGGAAUGUUACAAUUGCGGCACCAAAAAUGUCUUUUUACUAGGCUUUAUUCCUGCGAAGUCUGAUACUGUCGUUGUCUUGCUCUGUCGUCAGCCAUGUGCUUCCAUGCCCUCGUCCAAGGAUAUGAACUGGGACACUUCGCGCUGGCAGCCUCUCAUUGAGGAUCGUUCCUUCCUUCCCUGGCUCGUGGGAGCUCCUACCGACCAAGAACAACUUCGGGCUCGUCACCUUAGCCCCCAAUUGAUUGCAAAGUUGGAGGAGAUGUGGAAGGAGAACUCACAGGCUACAUUGGAAGACCUAGAGAAAGCCACAGCGGUGGAUGAUGAGCCUGCGCCUGUUCUACUUCGAUACGACGAUGCGUUCCAAUACCAGAAUAUCUUCGGACCACUUGUCAAGAUCGAGGCGGAUUAUGACCGCAAGCUGAAAGAGUCCCAGUCGCAAGAUGGACUCGUUGUGCGCUGGGAUCUUGGUCUCAACAACAAGCAUCUCGCGAGCUUUGUGCUGCCCAAGCUCGAGUUGGGAGAUGUCAAAUUGGCCGUAGGCGAUGAGAUGCGCCUCAAAUACAAUGGCGAAUUACGGCCCAAGUGGGAGGGCGUGGGAUAUGUCAUCAAGAUCCCGAACAAUCAAUCCGACGAAGUCACUAUCGAAUUGCGCGCCAAGGGCGAUCAUAAGUCGGUACCUACCGAAUGUACACACAAUUUUAUGGCCGACUACGUUUGGAAGUCGACUUCAUUCGACCGUAUGCAGUGUGCCAUGAAAACUUUUGCCGUCGAUGAAAUGAGUGUUUCCGGCUACAUCUUCCAUCGCCUUCUUGGCCAUGAAGUCGCAGCAGCACCGAUGAAGACCCAGAUCCCAAAGAAAUUCAGUGUUCCUGGUCUGCCAGACCUGAAUGGAAGCCAGAUCAACGCGGUGAAAAGUGUUCUCCAGCGGCCUCUUAGUCUGAUCCAAGGUCCUCCUGGAACCGGCAAGACCGUUACUUCUGCCACUAUCAUUUAUCAUCUCGCCAAGAUCAAUGGUGGCCAGGUUCUUGUCUGUGCCCCAUCCAACGUUGCUGUUGACCAGCUCUGUGAGCGUAUCCAUCUUACAGGUCUCAAGACCGUGCGAGUUACUGCCAAAUCUCGCGAGGAUGCGGAAUCUGCUGUCGGGUUCCUUUCGCUGCACGAGCAGGUUCGUAUGAACGAUAGCAACAUUGAGUUAGCCAAACUCAACCAGCUUAAGGCUGAGCUUGGGGAAUUGUCCAGUCAAGAUGAAAAACGCCUGAAGCAACUUACUCGAUCUGCUGAGCGUGAGAUUUUGCAGAAUGCAGACGUGAUUUGCUGCACUUGCGUUGGUGCAGGUGAUCCCCGUCUUUCCAAGGGCAAAUUCCGCACUGUUCUCAUUGAUGAAUCUACCCAAUCCGCCGAGCCGGAGUGUAUGAUUCCCCUAGUCUUGGGAUGCAAGCAAGUUGUAUUGGUUGGCGAUCACCAACAGCUUGGCCCUGUCAUCAUGAAUAAGAAGGCUGCCAAGGCUGGCCUCAACCAGUCUUUGUUCGAGCGUCUGGUUAUCUUGGGCUGCUCCCCUAUCCGCUUGAAUGUCCAGUAUCGUAUGCACCCGUGCCUUUCGGAAUUCCCAUCCAACAUGUUCUACGAGGGCUCGCUGCAGAACGGUAUCACCAUUGCCGAUCGUGUUCGCCGUGAUGUUGACUUCCCCUGGCCUAUCAUUGAUGAUCCCAUGAUGUUUUGGUCAAACCUGGGCAAUGAAGAAAUAUCCGCCUCAGGUACCUCCUACCUGAACCGAACCGAAGCCACUAACGUGGAGAAAAUCGUCACACGCUUCUUUAAGGCGGGUGUUCAGCCUAGGGACAUUGGUAUCAUCACUCCGUACGAGGGACAGCGGAGCUACAUCGUCAGCUCCAUGCAAGCAAACGGCACCUUCAAGAAGGAACACUACAAGGAAAUUGAGGUUGCGUCGGUCGAUGCCUUCCAAGGCCGAGAGAAGGAUUACAUCAUCCUCUCUUGUGUUCGUUCUAACGACCAUCAGGGCAUUGGUUUCUUGAGCGAUCCACGCCGUCUUAACGUGGCCCUUACUCGUGCCCGAUUCGGUCUGGUCAUUCUUGGAAACCCCAAGGUUUUGUCUAAGCACCCGUUGUGGAAUUCCCUUCUUCAGCACUUUAAAGAGCGCCACUGUCUCGUUGAGGGCCCGCUGUCCAACCUUCAGGAGUCUUUGAUCCAGUUCAGCCGUCCUAAGCAAGCUUACAGAGGCCCCCAACGCUUCCAGAUGUCUUUCAGUCAGGCAUCCAACGCCACAAACAGCGCAGUAAAUGGCCGUAAUGGUCAUCGCAAUGAGUAUCAUGACUCUGGCUCCGUGGUGGGCUAUAUCCCCGAUGACGUAUCUUCGGUUCACAGCUCGGCUCUCGGCGGUGUUGGCCUUCCAUCUGGCUAUCCCCCCAUGUUCCAAAACUUCGGCGAGGGCUGGCCUCCGAUUUCUGGCGGCGGUCGCCGAGCUAACGGUGGCCGGCCCAAAGGAGCCCCCAGUGUGGCUGGCGAAUCAGUCGCUGCUACCGAGUCGGACGUCACCAGCAGCAUCGCUGACGGACGGAGCGUUGACCAAGGUGGUGUUAGCCUCACUGGCUUGAGUAUCAAUGACAUGAACAAGCAGCCCAGUCUCAGCCAAUCAGACCGGCUGAAGCGGUACGUCGAGUCUGGCGGACGCGAGCCUUACAGAGCUGGAGUCCCUGACAACGGCAGUAUCUUCGGGGGCAGCUCUGCCAGCAUCCGUGUGACUCGUGGCGCGCCAGGCCAGCACCCGCACGACGACGAUGACGCCCGCAGCGUCUCCACAGCCUUCGCUAGCCAAGUCGGUGGCAACUACGACUGA